AUGUCGGCCCGCGCGCUGGCGCCGGAGCUGACGCGCACGGCCCUCGCGCCGACGGUGACGCUGGCCAGCGGCUACGAGAUGCCCGUGGUCGCCCUGGGCACCUGGAAGGCGCCGGCGGGCCAGACGGGCGCCGCCGUCGAGGCCGCCAUCAAGGCCGGCUACCGCAACAUCGACGCGGCGAACGACUACAACAACGAGCCCGAGGUCGGCGCGGCGAUCAAGAAGUGCAUCGCCGAGGGCGUCGUCACGCGCGACGAGCUCUUCGUCCAGUGCAAGCUCUGGAACGCGAACCACCGGCCGGAGCACGUCGUCGUCGACCUCGCCCAGAGCCUGGAAGACCUCCAGCUCGAGUACGUCGACUCCUACGUCAUCCACUGGCCCCAGGCCUGCCCCGCGAGCGGGCUCCAGGCGUCGACGCGCGUCGACGGCGCGGACGCGCGCCACUACAGCGAGAACCCCAUCCACUACACGGAGACGUGGCGGGCCAUGGAGGCGCUGGUCGCCGCGGGCAAGUGCCGGUCCAUCGGCCUGAGCAACUUCAACAAGGCCCAGCUCGAGGAGGUCGUCGCCAUGGCGAAGGUGCCCGUGUCGAUCCUCCAGAACGAGUGCCACCCGUACCUCCAGCAGAAGGACCUCGUCGACGUCUGCCGGACGCACGGCGUCGCGUUCCAGGCCUUCUCGCCCCUCGGCUCCGGCGACACGAACCUCGCCGUCGGCCCGUCGCCGACGGGCACGACGCCGCUCAAGGACCCCGUCGUGAACGCCAUCGCGGACCGCGCGGGCAAGGACGCGGGCCAGGUCAUCCUCAAGCACGCGAUCGCCCGCGGCAUCGCCGUCGUCACCAAGUCGGUCACGAAGGCGCGCGUCGAGUCCAACUUCGAGCUCUUCGACUGGGACCUGUCGCCCGAGGACACGAAGCUCAUGGACGGCCUCAACUGCGGCUGGCGCCACCUCCACUGGCGCGAGACGAGCCACCACCCGGACUACCCCUUCCGCGACGAGCUGCCCUUCGGCUACGAGCUCGAGAAGGUCUCCAACUUCGCGCCGGGCCAGUGA